AUGCAGGCCAUCGCGAGACAAUUCCCCUGGGCUCAACAACAAUCAGAUGGAACCUUCUCCUUUGUUACCCUUAAAGGAUCAAAAAACCUUCUGGGAACAGGCACCAAGUUCGGUUGGUGGACAGAAGAACUGUGUUGUAACGAUAGAUCGUAUACUUGGGGAUUCCGCCUUCUCGAGGACCAACACAUUUGCGAACGCGGUGGGUGGAAGUUGCCUGACAACCAUAUUCCAUGGUUGGAUUUUGGGCUCAGCAGUACUGUUCCUCCAAAGGCUUCCACUCAAUUUGAGCAGAAUUGGAAGGGCUAUUAUGCUUGGUGGAGGUUACCGAUCGACUCUCCUGCCACUCUCCUUCUACACUGGCCUCUCACCACAUUUCGAUUGCUCUCUCUUCUCAGAUUUGUUCCCUCUCCGCCUCCCACUGAGAGACAUCAGUUAACAGUUUACCUUCUCGGCGUCGAGAAAGAGCCGGACUUUGUACCCAUCCAAUGA